AUGGAUUGCAAUACGAUCCAUCAAGCUUACGACGAGUUGCCGCAUAUUGCUGCAAGGGAGGACUCCGUUGCAUCUGCACUGAAAGGAUUUCCAGAAUCGUAUCAGAUUUGCGAUGAAGUCAUAUAUUUUAGCGUCUCUGCAUCAUCCCUUCAGGCCUUGGGCAUUCAAGUGCCUUGGGGAGAUUUCAAAUUAAAAGAAGCCGCUGAACAAUCAUCUCUGAGAUUAACAUCUAGCCAAUGCCCACCUUCGGUCCUGGUUUUUGAAUAUGGUGUUGUUGUGUUUUGGGGGCUUUCCGAAAAGCUAGAAAGGAGUGUGGUCGAUGUUCUUGGAAAGCCUCGAUUUCAAAAAGAAGAUUUGUUCCCCAGACAAAGCACACCUCAGGAAGAAGUAUUGCAUUAUUACAUUGACGAAUCAUAUUCGACAACCGGAAGAGUAUAUGGGGACGUCAUAGUGAUCAGAGUUGAUGAUUUCUCUGUUAGACUUGCAAUUAGCCAUGCUUUGGCUCAAUCUGUUAAAUUGGCCGUGUAUGAAGAAAGACUUUCCGAGGCCCUCGAUACCACGUGGCAGUUUCCAAUGCAACUAGCCCAACUUGGGCAUCUCUCCUCUACAAAAGCGUCUAAACGAGAGAAUGCAGUUGAAUCUGAUAUCAAAUAUCCUGGACACACCGGAGAUUUUCUGAACACAAGUGCAAUGGGAGGGUCUUUACAAGGCCGCCAGGUCUUAUUUGGAAAUUCCACAGCGCAUAGAAGUCCUCAACCAGCGGAUGUUGGUGAUCUCCGAUCUUCUGGACAUGUUACGACAGCAUCUGAGCACCCUGCAUGGCGAAUUUCUAGAAUGGAUUGUGAUCAUUUUAAUUGCAAUCGAAAUCCUAAUGGGAAUAAUUGA